AUGAAAUUAUUAAAAUACAUCAAAAAGUACUCUACAAUAUUGGUAGUUGAUUUAACGACUUCGAUUGGUCUUGUUUACUUAUGGAACAAAGGAUACAAAUUCUUGAUACCAACGGCGUCUGUAUGUGCUAUCGGUGCUACAUACUUAUAUCACUGCACAAAAUCUCGGGAUAAAAUAUCUCCAAAUCAUGCCAUUGUCGUAACUGGCUGUGAUUCGGGAUUAGGAUACAGUCUGGCUCUGCAUUGCCGGCAGCUUGGAUCGACUGUAAUUGCUAGUGUAUUACAGAUCGAUGGUCCUAGAGCUAAACAACUAGAAAAUGAAGGGAUUCUCGUUUACCCUUUGGACGUUACGAAAAUUCAAAGCGUCAAAAAUUUUACAAAUUUCGUACGAAUGACUUUGACACAAAAGAAUUUAGUGUUACGAUGCUUGAUCAAUAAUGCGGCGAUGAUGAUCUUCGGCGAAUUCGAAUGGCAAACAGACGAGCAGCUGAGGAAUCAAGUGGAGGUGAACUUCCUGGGCACCAUGAGAAUCACUCGGGAAUUGAUGCCGAUGAUCCGUGCCUACUUUAGCCGGAUUAUCGUAAUCUCGAGCCACUGUAACAUCCAACCGAUUCCUGGUGUAGCAGCUUAUAGUGGAACUAAGGCUGCUCUUAAUGCCUGGGCCACCGCCAUUAGGAUGGAAUUGAAGAAAUAUGGCAUCAAGGUCGUUUGCUUUAUUCCUGGUCAUACAGGUUCAUUUGUCAGAGAGAGUAACAUAUUAGCACGACAAGCUGAACACUUUCAGGCGAUGAAGAGGUCGAUGUCCGCAGAAGCGAAAACCUUUUAUGGUGACUACUUCGUUAGAUAUUCGCAAUAUUUUGCGUCCGUGGCGCAGGGUGCGGGCUUGGAAAAGCUACAGGACUCGGGUAUAUACGAUGUCUUCGAAGGUGCUCUUCUCGACAAAUAUCCAUCGGCAAUUUACAAGAAUGAAUCAUGGCGAUACCUAGUUUACCACGCCCUAUUUUUGAUCAUGCCGACCUGUUUGCGUGAUCGACUAGUCGAGAAAUUCGUCCAAGGCCCAUCAUGGACAAAACCCAACAUCAAUGAGUCUUCGAUAGUUAACAAGUGCCACGAAGUACAAGGAGGUGCUCUUGAAUUAUCUGAUUUGGAAGAUCAAGAUGAAGAUUUGGAGUGCUCUGCGAAUAAAAUGAAAAUAACAGAAAAAUAUUGAUGCUGAUAUCCAAGAGAGAGAAAAUAUUGUAAUUGCAUUACACUGAAUAAAUGAUUUUGUUAUUUGAUUAACUUGCAAUCUUGAACGAUCACUUGCCUCUUUUGUUGUCCUGUCCUAUAAAUAUAAAAUAAUAAUUAUAUUUGGAAAAGAUAAUUUAAAAAAUGUAGAAUGUACUUGUUACCUUUUCUUAUAUACUUUGUAUCUUUUUAUAUAUUUUUUGUCUAUCCCUUUGAAUUUGAAAUGCAAAGCUAUAGGUCAAAUAAAAUACAGAAUACAUAUCUUUAAUUUAAUUUAUCUUCUGAAUCUUGAGUGUUGUCCAAUCAAUUUUUCAAUCGACACGUGUGAAAGGGGUGCACCUGAAGAUAAAAUAGUAAUUACUUUUAACAGAGAAUCAGUGAAACAUGAUUACAAAGUACAUAAACGUAAAUUUUCUGACCACCUGCAAUGAAGUGAUUAAUCGUGAUUAUCAGGGAAAAGUAACAGAUGAUACUUCUUUGUUGAGUGAACGCAGAUGUUCGUUCCAUAUCUUACGUACUAGUUUAUCGAUAACACGAGGUCCAGUUUUUUGGCAGAUAGGUGUACACCUGAAGUGUUUUUAAAAGUUGACAGUGAUAAUUGUUUUUGAUGUCUGAUUAGAUAAUAACCACCAAUAAAUAGGUAUCCACAGCCCAGUGAUUUCCAGUUACUUUGAACCUUAAACGAGUAAUACAUCAAAAUGGGCCUAAUCACCUACGGUAUGUAUCAUUACUUAAUACCAUUUUAAACUUCUGAAAAUUCCA